AUGGCACGAAUAACUAGCAACAUCAUAGACGCCUUUCCGGACUACUACCCCGUGUCCUAUGCCACCGCGAUCGACGAGUUGCGCCAGUGCUGCCAUCGGUGCUCCGGUGAUGUCUCACUCUUUAACAACGUGGUCCUUCUCAUGAAUGAAAUGCAGUCGAUCAAUCCGGAGGGUCUGCAUUGUCUCUUCUCCAUUGAUCGGCUCUCGGGCCUGUUUGUACCGGCCUCGGAUCCUCCCUCCUCCGCUUCUUCGGCAUCUUGA